AUGAAAUCGGUAACUUUCAUGUUUUCGACCUUUAACCUCAUCAAUGUUGUGUUUAUGGUCACAGCACAAAGUCUUACAGUUUUUCCUGCUGAUUCGUUUGUUGAAAGUAUUGGCGUAAAUACACAUUGGACAUUUCCUAAUGUGUACACUUUAAACUAUACAGGUUUGAAAGCUAAAUUAGCUAAAUCUGGUAUUCGAUACAUACGUGAUGGAAGCAGUUCAGCAACUUAUGCACGAGCAAAAGACCUAUAUGAUAGUUUAGAAAUUAAAACAAAUAUGAUACCAGAACGACGUAAAUCUGGUCCAGGAAUACAACCUAUCGAUCCAACGCAAAUUGAUGUGGUACUAAAUGAAAUCAAAAGUCAAGCAUUAUGUGCCAUUGUUUCAUUGGAAGCACCUAAUGAAUAUGAUGUUUUUCAUGGCUCUGAUACCGAUUGGGUGAAUAAUAUAAGAAAUUAUACGAUUCUUCUCUACAAGAAAGUACAGACUGAUGAGAUGUUAAGAAAUUUAUCAAUGAUUGGACCGUCGUUGACAUCAUUAGAAGCAUACGAAGCAGUAGGAAAUAUGGAUUCAUAUAUUGAUUAUGUUAAUCUUCAUUUAUAUCAAUGGGGCUAUUGGCCUGGCAAUGAAGGCUGGGAUAAUAAAAGUACAAUUCCCAGUAUAACGUACUAUUUUAAUAAAUAUGCUCGUCAACAAUCACCUUCCGGUAAGCGCGUACAAAGCACUGAAACUGGCUAUCAAGAUGAUUUACAUAAUGCUGGUCUGUCUGAAGAGGCCGAUGGAAAGUAUGCAUCACGUGCAUUUGCUGAAUUCUUUCGACGAGGUAUUUAUCGUACGUUUAAAUAUGAAUUAGUCAAUCAAGAUAUACCAGGAAAAGAAGGAGCCUUUGGAUUAUUACGAAAUGAUUUAUCUGAAAAACCAUCUUUUCGAGCAAUAACAAAUCUGAUCAGUAUACUGAAUGAUAAAGGUCCGAAUUUUGAACCUUCUAUACUCAAUUAUACGCUUAACGGUAAUGUAGAAAACGUUCAACAAAUACUUUUUCAAAAGCGCGAUGGUGAUUUUUAUUUGAUGGUGUGGCUAGAAGUAUCGAGCUGGAAUUUUACUACCCAGAUUGAUCUAUAUCCAUCGCCACAGCAAGUUAUUCUUACUUUAUCAGAAAAUAAUAGCAUAUCUAGUGGGAUCCUCUAUGCAUUCGACAACACAGGCAACGUAUACAUUUCCGAACUUAUUAUUCACCAAAAUCAAAUCGCUUUCAAUGUCACUGAUAAAAUCAGCAUUAUCCAACUGAAUAAUAAUAGCGUACAAGAGAAAAAAUAA